ACCUCUGACCAGGUGAAAAUCUGUCUCUGUGAUUGGCUGCCAGACUGACCUGCAGACAGGUGAACAUGGUCUCUCGGCUGGUUGCGGUGCUGCUGCUGCUGCUGCUGCUGAGCGGCUCGGUGAGACCCGGACUGCGCGCCGGUCCCGGACCCUCCGCCGACUCCGGUCCGGACUCUGAGCGGGGGAGGAUGGAGCUGCGGCGCGUGUGGAGCCUCGCGGCUCAGCCCAGGUACGGAGAGUGUUGGGCGCGCGCCCUGGGGCACCUGGACUCACUCUGCAGGGACAUGACGUCAGAGAGCCAGAGCCGGAUAGCGCUGAGAUUCACCCACUGUCACCUGAGCAGCUCAGGCAGGGAUUUCCCAUCAUGCCCUGAGGGGUCAGAGGUCAGCAGGUGUACAGCCGGGAUGGACGCUGUGGCCUUUAACACCUACACAGAGUUUUUCACCCACGCUCACUCCAUCUGUCACUUCCUGCAGUCUGAAGCCUGGCAGAGCCGAGCUGAGAACACCAUGCACAGACUCACAGAGAGUUCAGCAGGUGUAGCCGAGCAGCUUCAGUCCACCAGGCAGAUGGCUGAAGACCUGAUUGAGGCCCAGAGUGCUGCCUUACAGGCGCAACAGGAGAUCCUGAACAAUGGAGAGGAGCUGAGAGUCACCCUGAAAGACUCUACUCAGGGUCUGAAGUCGGUGUUCUUGGAGCUCAGCAGUGCCUCCAGGGAGCAGCAGGUGGCGCUGUCCGAACUCUUCAACAGAGUUUCCUUCCUGCAGAGUUUCCUGCUGACGGAGGCUCACAGUCUGAGCUCCUGCUUCUACAACGCUGCUGCUCUCUGUGCCUCCUUCCUCCUCACCUCCACCCAGCGCUCCUCCAGAGCCAGGUUAGUGCUGUUGGGUCAGGUGUGUUUGAAUUUCUACCUGGAGAGGAAGAUCUGCCAGUUUGUGAUGAGCUCAGACCAUCCUGAACACAAACACAUGGAGCUGAUCACCCUGUAUGUGAGCAUGUUGCGGCGGUUGAUGGUGUGUGUCGGAGUGUGCGUUCUGCUCUGUGUGUGUGUUCGGUACAGAGACCCGGUGCAGCAGAGUCUGCAGGUGCUGCAGCAGCUCAGGGAGACGCAGCGCAGCCUGCAGGAGGCGCUGCAGCACGCAGAGGUUUUAGGGCAGCGGCAGGAGAAGACUGAAGAGAUUCAGCAGCAUGUGAAGAGAACAGAGAGAAGAAGAAAGGAGGCGACACCGAGGAGGAGAAAAGAGGAGAUAAGAAGAGAAGAGGAGGAGGAGGAGGAGGAGGAAUGCAGCACGCUGGUGUCUCCAAUCACAGACAGUUCAGACCUGUCUCACCUCUCACACACGAGUUGGAGUACCGACAGUAUUCUCAGCAGUACAGUCAUCACCUCAGCAGCUGACACCACGCUGCAGACAUACACUACUACUACUACCCACAAUGCCUCAGUGCGGAGGCCCGCUACCCACAGUGCCUCAGUGAGUCCAGGCAGACGUCCUCGCCGCUCCUCCUCUUCAUCUCCGCUGGUCUACAGCAUCCUGGUGGAGGACAGACAGCCUCGUUACAGCCUGCGCAGCAGAAGAUCAGAGACUCACUGAGGAAAGUAAAACUUUGUUCUGCUGUGAAACUUUUAAUCAGAAUAUUUUCUAUCAAUAUGAAUCAAUAAAACUGAGUUUUGGGUUUUAAAGAGAGAAAUGCGUCUCUGAC